AAUUCUACAAUAUGCUUUCUGUAUCCUGUUUCUUGCUGUUUGUCUCUUGCCUUCUUGAUCAAAAAGGCAAGAGACAAACAGCAAGAAACAGGAAACAAAAAGCACAUUGUAGAAUUAACCUUAGUCAGCACGAAACCUUUUUUUGCAUGCCGUUUCUGUAUUAUGUGCUUAAUUGUGAAACUGUGACUUAUCUCAUACUUAUUAAAAAGUUUAUGGUGAGCGCCCAAGCCCAGUAGCCCAGUUCGUUCAGUGUUCUCAAAGUGUGUGUACUCCAGGAUUGUAUUUAUUGCGAGAACAUGGCAUAUAGUGCUAAUGAAUACAUUGACAUGAUUAUUACAUACGGUGCAUGCGGAGGAAACGGCAGCGAAACACGCCGUCUCUACGCGGAACGAUUUCCCGAACGCAAACAACCCAAUUCCUCUGCUAUUCUGAGAUGUAUCCAUCGUUUACGUGAAACAGGAUCAGUAUUCGUAACUCGACUAUUUACACAUCAUUAUGGUGGUGUAAAAAGGAGUGUUUACAGUGAGGAGAAAAUCCUGCGAGCGUAUGAAGAUGGAAAGAAUGUGUGCCAUAUAGCUCGUUUAUUUGGUACGAAUCGAAGCAAUGUAUACCGUAUACUCGACAAAUACGAAGUGCGUCCGCUGCAACUUGAGCAAAAUAAAAAGCAGCAGCGCGAUACUUGUGAAGACGUAUCAAGUGUCUCUACAAUCGAGAAAUCUACAGACAAGGAAAAUAACAUCAAGAUUACGAAUGACAAGAGUUGCUUGUCGAAGGAAGACAUAGAAAAGAUUGUACACAAAGCCAAAAAGUACCGAGAGUCAGAGGACGAGCAACAACAGGAGAGAAUUUCCGCCAAAAAUGCUCUCGAGUUAUACUGCUCCAAUAUGAAGAGUACGAUGGACACAGUUAAAGAUAAGAUCGAUGCGCCCGAUAAGGCGAAAGUCCUUUUUAAAUGCAACGAAGUCAUCUCCUGGUUAGACGUCAAUCAAUUGGCAGAGAAGGAAAAAUUCGUUGACAAGCAAAAGGAAUUGGAAGCCAUAUGUAAUCCCAUCGUCACGAAACUAUACCAAAGUGGCGGAGCGCCUGGUGGUUUCCCUGAUGCUGGCGGAGCAGAAUCCAAUCCUAGUGAUGGCACUGGACCAACUACCGAGGAAGUUGAUUAAAUGAAUUGGCGAACUCCUGUUUUUCUUUUAUUACAAUGUUUAACAAACUUAUCACUAUAUAAUAUAAUACAAUCACAUUAACACAAUUUUAUCAACCUAAAAAUUUAGAUGCGCAAUUCAACGUAAAACGUUAAACGGAGUAUUAUUGCGGUAAGAUAAAAAAUCUUUUUUAUCUUACCACAAUAAUAUUGAAUUGCGCAUCUGGAUUUUCAGGUUGAUAAAAUUGAAGGAGGGUUAUUACGUAAGUAGUGAUCGCUGAUGAACUGCAAAAUAAAUUUAUUUAAUUGUUCCGAUUGCCAUUUGUUGAAAAUUUGAAAU